AUAUACUUUUUCGGGUCUCACAGCUAAACCGACGUCAAUUUAUUUGAUGAUGAGACGGGGGAACCCCAAACAUAGGAAUCUCCGAUCUCAUAGACGAGGAGGCCAACCGCCAAGCACCUACCUUUCUGCUCAACGGAGCAGACCUCACACACUUUCUUCUUUCCCUCUCUCUUCCAUCGUUCAGUUCGCCCGCCUCUCUCUCUCUCUCUCUCUCUCUCUCUCUCUCUCUCUGUGAAAAUGGCUGCUAUUUCCCGCUCCCUGUCGUCUUCUCCGAUGACUUCUCAAUUACCUGUAUCUCACCGGAGUACGAACACCCCCAUCUUCUUAACCUCUUCGCAUUCUUCGCUUGCCUCACAAAUUUCUUUCCCUCUCUCUAGAUCUCGUUUUCCAUCCCUCAAGUCGAACGCCCGACCCGUAUUCCUCGCACACUCUUCUCUAAAUGCGGCAGACAACGCAGACUUAGAAGUCCCCAUCGAAAAGAAGUACCCGGCAUUUCCUACCGUGAUGGAUAUUAAUCAGAUACGCGACAUUCUGCCUCACCGGUUUCCUUUUCUUCUGGUGGAUAGAGUUAUCGAAUACAAUCCUGGGGUUUCGGUAGUUGCCAUUAAGAAUGUUACUAUAAAUGAUAACUUCUUUCCUGGGCAUUUUCCUGAGAGACCCAUCAUGCCUGGUGUUCUCAUGGUUGAGGCAAUGGCCCAGGUGGGGGGCUUGGUAAUGCUGCAACCAGAAGUGGGAGGAUCUCGUGAGAACUUCUUCUUUGCAGGGGUUGACAAAGUGAGGUUCAGGAAGCCAGUGAUUGCGGGAGACACUUUGGUUAUGAGAAUGACGCUGGUUAAGCUGCAGAAACGGUUUGGAAUUGCAAAGAUGGAAGGCAAGGCAUAUGUUGGUGGGGACAUGGUUUGCGAGGGUGAGUUUUUGAUGGCUACUGGGACCGAAUGAUGGGCUUGUCUUGGCUUGGGUAUGUUAUUUUUGCUUCCAAGUUUCUUCCCCUGAAAUUUUAGUUCACGUUGUGUUUCUUUUUGCCCUCACCAUCCUUUCCUGUAAUAAACCUCUUGCCUCCUAAAAUUUUGACAAAUUGUGUGCCACACAUUUGUGUGGAACUUGUUGCAUUAAAGUCUAAUCUCGCUGAAAUGGGAUGACAUGGGCUGUCUGAUCUGAAAUCUGAACGAUGGUUUUUCAUCUGUUAAA